GCUUCGGGACGCACGGCGGGUGGAACUCGACGCUGGAGGCCCUGUGGUUCGGGGUGCCCAUGGUGCCCUGGCCGCGCUACGCGGAGCAGCACCUGAACGCGUUCACGCUGGUCGAAUACAUGGGCGUGGCCCUGGCCAUGGAGGUGGACCGGAAGAGGAGCAACUGGGUCGACGCGGCGGAGCUGGAGCGGGCCGUGAGGGCGCUCAUGGACGGCGACUCCGAGGAGGGGAGGAAGGUGAGGGAGAAAGCCAUGGAGAUGAAGAGCGCGUGCAGGACGGCCGUCGCCGAGGGAGGGUCCUCGUACUCCGCAUUGGGGAGGCUCUCCGAGGAGAUGAUCAAUGGCGCGAGUAGGUAAUUGACGAACACGGAGAGCAGCUCUAUCUGAAUCCGGAGAUGAAGUUGCAGAUAGGAGUGUGAGUGUUCCCGUCCAGAGUGUGGCUGCAUGUUUGCGGCUCUUUCUCCGUUUCGAGUUUUCUCUCCGGUUAAUUUUCCGUUCUUGUUGGAUCCAUUCCCCCUUUCUCCUGACCCGAUCUGGUAAUCAUGCCAGCAUAUCGUUGACCUGCUCUGUUUCCCAAUAAAAUCACCUGCCCCUUGUUUGGUCU